AUGAUCAUCUUGCUGCGGGUUGCUGGCCGCUUCAUUCGGACCGAGAGGCUGUUCCAAGAGGACAAGGUCGCUGCCCUCGCCCUCAUCCCACUUUGGCUCCGGAUGGUCUGCGUGCAUUUUGUCCUACUCUACGGAACCAACAACUCGCAGUUUGACGGUUUGUCCCCGGAGGAUGAGCACAGAAGGCAGAUUGCGAGUGGUCUCGUGCUCGCCAGCCGCAUCUUUUACGCAGCGACAUUGUGGAUUUUGAAGAACACUAUUUUAGAGUUCUUCAAGCGCCUCACUGGCGUCACUUGGGCACGUUCUUACGAACAGACUCUGGUUUUCAUCAGAUGUACUCUGGUCGCAACCUUCAUCGCCAUCAUCAUCAGCGACCUGGCAGAAUGCAGGCCCUUCCACCACUACUGGCAGGUCACUCCCGACCCCGGCGGGCAGUGUCGCCAAGGAUUCGCCCAUCUCAUCACCAUGGCGACGUGCAACAUCCUCACCGAUGCACUGCUUGUCUUUUUCCCUAUCCCGAUUAUUUUGCGGAGUCAGAUGGGUCUGAAGAGAAAGGUCCAACUUACGCUGCUUUUCUCCCUCAGCUUGGCAGUUAUCGGCGUCACCAUCUAUCGGGUCCCCCACGUCAUCAGGGAGCACGGACAACAACAACUACGAUCGGUAUUCGCAUCCGUGGAACUCUUAUUUGCGACCACAGCAGCGAACGCCCUGGUGCUAGGCUCGUUCGUACGCGAUCGAGGCAUCAAGAAACAGAAAUUUAAGUACGGCUCAGUUGCGGCUGACUCGAUGGAUCGGAACUCCGAUUCGCGACGGCCAACCAUUCACCGGCAUUGGGGCAGCGAUGAAGACUUGGUGCGAGACGUUGGCCUUGGAGUGGAUCCUGAUUUGAGAGAGCUGCCGGACGAAGAGUAUGAUCCGGAGAGCCCGCGAUACACCCCUGCACCCGUUGCAAGGCCAUUUGGCGAGGACUUGCGGAACUGGCAAUUCCCUCAACGCAGCCGCAGUAACGCCGAGCGCAGCAAUGCUUCGCUAUUGCCGCAUGACCAACUCUCGUCGUCUCGAAGUAACUCAACCACCACCCCGCGAAGAGUUUCGUUUUUUGAUGUGGGAGGGCUUCUGUCUGAGGACCAGUUCGGCGUGCCGACCUAUCGUCGGGACAGUCUCGUCUCAACUAUCGAUCCAAAGUCGUCCCCGGGACAUGGAGUACCAUCACCCACGCUCCCUGCCCCGUCGACUGGUAUGCGACGUGGCUCGACAGCGCUUCUGCAAGACCUCGGAGGUCUCCUAGGGCCGAACAAUACCAAGCAAUCGAGGCAGAAGACGAGAAGCGGCACCGAACUCCAACCCAUACCGCAAUCACUUCAUGAUGAUCACCCAUCGUAUAACCCACGCCCCGGCGAGCCAACGCUGAUUGACCCCGGCGGCUUACUGAAGUAG